CCCUCCGCUCCCCGCCCCCGCCCCCGCCCCCGCCUCCGCCGCGGCCCCCGCCUCCGCCUCCUUCUACUCGGGCGCCCCAGCUGCCGCCGCCCCUCCCCGGCCCAGGAGCGGUUGCGGAGCCGCCGCCGCCCAGACCGCGCAGCGCGGGAGACAGGAUCCGCACGAAAUAAAUCAGAAUGAGUUAUGCAGAAAAACCCGAUGAAAUCACGAAAGAUGAGUGGAUGGAAAAGCUCAAUAACUUACAUGUCCAGAGAGCAGACAUGAACCGCCUCAUCAUGAACUACCUGGUCACAGAGGGCUUUAAAGAAGCAGCGGAGAAGUUUCGAAUGGAAUCUGGGAUCGAACCUAGCGUGGAUCUGGAAACACUUGAUGAACGAAUCAAGAUCCGGGAGAUGAUCCUGAAAGGUCAGAUUCAGGAGGCCAUUGCCUUGAUCAACAGCCUCCACCCGGAGCUCCUGGACACAAACCGCUAUCUUUACUUCCAUUUGCAGCAACAGCAUUUGAUCGAGCUGAUCCGCCAGCGGGAGACGGAGGCAGCGCUGGAGUUUGCACAGACCCAGCUCGCGGAGCAGGGCGAGGAGAGCCGGGAGUGCCUCACGGAGAUGGAGCGCACCCUGGCCCUGCUGGCCUUUGACAGUCCUGAGGAGUCGCCCUUCGGAGACCUCCUCCACACCAUGCAGAGGCAGAAGGUGUGGAGUGAAGUGAACCAAGCUGUCCUCGACUAUGAAAAUCGCGAGUCAACACCCAAACUGGCAAAAUUACUGAAACUACUACUUUGGGCUCAGAAUGAGCUGGACCAGAAGAAAGUAAAAUAUCCCAAAAUGACAGACCUCAGCAAGGGUGUGAUCGAGGAGCCCAAGUAGCACCUGUGCUUGUGUGGAGGACCCAACAGCGGCCCGCGUCGUGGCUUGCCCGGGAUCAGCCCGCGACUGCGGCUUUCUUACUGCAGUAGAGAACUCUUUUUCUCCCUUGUACUUUUUUUUGACCUGGCAUCUUUUUUUAUAGGGAAAAAUGGCCUUUGUGGGCAGUGGAAACUUGCAAGGAAAGGUGCCGUCCCUUGGGCAGUUUGAUGCAGAUUGCACCAGUACUUGCUGAAGAAUCUGGCAGUCUGUGGUUGGCUCUUCCGGCGUUCCCGGGGCCUCUGGCUGCUGAAGGAUUUGGUCUGCCCCGGAGGGCCGCAUCCCACUCCAAAUACAGGAAAAGCACGAAUCAUGAUUCUGCUUUCUGUUAGCUUAGGCAGACAUUACAUCUUACUUCCCCUAAAUCUUGUCAGGCCUUCACCUACAAGUUUUUCCUUACCCCUGUGGUUUUUUUUUUUUUUUUUUUUUUUUCCGUAGGAGAGAACAUAUAAAUUUGUAAAUCCUAAUUCAAAGACGGCUUGUGUGUGAGGGCAUUCAGUUUGGUUUUCCCUUUGGUCUGGGUUGUGUGGCUUUUGGGAGAUGUGUGUGAGGGGCUAUGUGUUUUUUAAUUUUUUAAAUAUAUAUGUUGGUGCUGUGCGUGGUGAGAGACUUGUUCAUAGUGGAUCCACGAACCAUCUCUUCUGGGCAGUUUUGUUGAAAAUAAAGGUUUCUCUUUGAUUUCAAGAAUGACCAAAAUGGCCUCUAAAAAGUGUUAAUCAUCUCAAACGACAGUUGUCUUUGGGACGCUCUUCCCCCUCUGAUGGCGGCAGUGGCUUUUUUUGGUACCUGUAGCUGGAAAGGCCUCUUGGCCCUGUGCUGAGUAAGUGGCCUUCCAUAGAGCGAGGCAGCCCUUGGCCACAGGGGACGCAGGGCCUCAGCGGCCGGUGUGCAGCUGUUGGCACAAGGAAGCGUGUUCAGCCUCAGUGAUCUGCCCCUCAGCAUCUUGGCAGCAUCUCAUUUUCCACUGUUGGCGGUUCUGCGGGUGUCCUGCGCUCCCAGAUCCGUCCCCUGCUCUGUGGUGGGCAGAAGGGCAGUGGUACAGGGCUGUGUGCCUUGUCUGCCAGUCUGGAUAGUUGAUGGCACUUGCCUGUGUAGCUCUUGGUGCAGAUGUGUCUGGACUCAUCGCAAUGGGCCGCCGGGCACUGUCGACCCCACUGAGUGGUGCCAAGCAUUGGUUUUGUGGAUGUUCAUGGAACUGCUGACCCAUCCGAAGGCGUCCUUUGGAGGCAGUGGAGACUGCAGGUGCAUCUGAUGGGCGAAAUUCUGCCAGCACUUGAAUCUGGGAUCUCGCCUGAUUCUCAAGUAGCAAGGCAUCUUGACAAGCAUGGCCUCUGGGUGCGGUGGCCAGCUCGGCAGUACCGGAGCCGGUUAGGUGAUCUGCUUCUGAGCGGCCAUCCUCACCGCGCUCCUGGGUCCCUUGAGUGUUGAUGGCGAGGCGUCCACAGCACUGUUCCCGCCUCUAAAUGAUGCUGCUUUCUCCGUUGGAGCCUGGUGACGUGUUUUCAAGCCCUCUGCUGCUCUUCCCAGUGUGGACGGGCUUUUAGCAGUGUUUACUUUGACCUAGAUGGCUCAUGUAGUUAGAGAUGCAAAGAUAAAACUGCUGCAGUCUUUACAGAAGCGUGGUGGCCUCUGGAGCUACGCCUUCGUCAGGUGCGGUCCUGGGGAAGUGGGGCCGCCCUACCCCCGGAAGUGCUGCUUCCGACUCCCACUCUGCCACGCCUGACCCUUCCAUGGCAUUCUUUCCUCUGAGGUCUGAAGAUGAAGAUAAGUUGGAGGGAAAGAGACUAACUGGGAAGUGAAAUACAGCAGAAGCUAGAAGAAAACUUAGGUGAGAGGUGCAUCUGCUCAUUUUCUGUAGCAGCACCAGAUAAUUCAGCAUCUUCCUAAUUACCUUUAUUAUUAGUGUAUAUAAGAUCAUUUAUUGUACACUACAUCGUCAGUUUGACUUAUUCUUAAAACGAGAGGGAGUGAGAUGCAUAGCAGGGGGAAGUGUCUCCAGGAACUGGAGGACACGAGUGGGUCCUCACAUGCCUGGACUGUCACUAUGUGGCUGUCACGCGAAGUGCUGCUGCGGAUUUCCAGUUCAGCCGGUGGGUGGCUGAUAGGCCAGUGCUAGCAUCCGGCGCGGGCAGAUGUCGGGGAGACACGGAAGUCUCCGGGGCUGCGCGUUCCUUCCCGUCAUGUAGGGGCUGCACUUGCUUUUCUCACGGUCUGUUAGUGGACUGGAGGUCUUCCAAGGAAGUGCUUUGCACACUUUCUCCCUGCUCCUUUUACAGUCUUUGUCUUUGCAGCAAGCAAAUGAAAUUAAGUCACUUUGGGAUAAUGAGCAUUCAGUAUAAUUCUGCUUUGUCUCAUUUGGCAUCUCACUGUUGUGUUUAUAAGAAUGUAGUUUCAUUUUACAGAGUAGUUUAUUCUUUUUAUGCUUUCUGGUGGAGAGUGCCUUGAAAUAAAAUGUGAGAAUAUUCUGGUACUCUGAUGCAUAAAGUUGGGUGUGAGAAUGUUCUGGUUCCUGAUGCAUGAAGUUGGAUGGGGAAUAACCCUAGUCCGGAAUCUUUGUGAAGCGUAGGGUUAGUGCAAGGCGAAUGGAACGAACACAUCUUGCCAUUUGAAUCAGGGUCUUCAGUUUCUAGAAAAGGCUGACAUUGGCUGGGACCAAAGUGUUGGUGGCUAAUGACUGAAGACGGGUGCUCGUGUGUGUCUGGAGUCCCCGGAAGCCUCGGGAGGCGGAGCUGCUCUUCCCAUUCUGUCAAGACGCCGUCUGAAGAAACGUUCAGAACAGUUUUUCUAAGGCAAUGUGAUGUCUUCAUAUUCUUACUUCCAUUUCUGUAUGUCGUUAGCUUUGAAGAGUGGAGGAGCUGGGGUUCCAGAGAGAACCUUAGAUGUGUGUUGAAGACAGUGAUGUCUUUGGAGUGUAGAACUCCACUCCCUUCUGGGCUGUCACUGCCAAGUCUCCGCAUGAACAGACCGGGCAGAAAGCAUGGUGGCCAAGCGGUCUGUGUGCUUCCCCGCCGGCAGAGAGCAGUGUGUUCUUCAUGAUAGGGCCUCGCGGGUGUGGACGCACGGCAGACCCAUGGCCAGUGCAGCUGCCUGCUGCUGUCUGUCUUCAGUAACGGCUGCUCCAUUGACUGUUCCUGUUCUGAUACUAUGCGUGUCAUUUUUUACAACAGGUAUAUUUUUGUUUCAGAAAUAUGUAUUGCUUUUUUCAUACUUUUUGCAAAUUGUAUUGUCAGCACUAGGUCAGUUAAAGUCCUGUGUGAACCAUAUCCUGCUGUGGGACCUUUGUACAUGUUCGACUGUGUUCUGGAUUCCAGUGUGGCAUAUGUGCCCUCCAGUGUCUUUUGCAAAGUGCAGAAGAGGUUGCUUCUACGGCCUGUUCUUAAUAUAACAGUAAAAGUUUUCACAUUUUCUCAGAA